CUCUUAAAAUACUCGUUUUGGGCUAAAACAUAAAAAUAAAUAAUAAAAAAAUAGUGGGCCUUAGUCGGAGGUGUCAAGGUCGAGUGUGUCGGUCGAGUGUGUCGAUUACGAAAUUCGCCAUAUUUUGUGUUUCGCACUCGAUGCCUCAUUUGACGGUCAACACCAGACAGAACCGUGAUGAAGCGUAAUGGCAGCCCAAAGAAGAUGCAGAGGACAGAACAGAUGUGUCAUAUAUCCAAACCUAACAACCUAAGUAUGGACAUUGCAAUUUGUGCAGGCAACUCGGAUGUUCACAAUGGUCCAGCUCAUUAUUAUGAGGACAUUGCCCCAAGUUCAAACAUUGGCAACUCUGAUGUUCACAAUGGUCCAGCUCAUAUUAUGUGGACAUUGCCCCGAGUUCAAACAUUGGAGUUAAGCACCAUCCAAGGAAGUGACAAAGAACACCUUGAAGCCAAACCCCAGCUGUGGAAACUGGUAUACAGAAGUGCUUCAGGUUACAGAAACGCCAUUCCAAGUUGGAUUAAGAGACUGUUAUCAAGCAAAACAAAUGUUUACAUAGAAGGUCUUUGACAGUGGUAAACAGGAUUGACAGCUACAGCAACGCUGAAUAAUUAUCACCAGUGUUGUGGUUUGUGUCAUGGUUUUGUUAAAGUAAGGAAUCAGUCUUUAUGUGAAGUGUCUAGGCCGCAUAUUUCAAAAUUCAGCUUUUGAGAUUUUUGUGUAGCAAACACCAUAUCUUACAACACAGAUGUAUAACUCUAAGUAUUGAUCAUGAAACAUAUGUGAAUAUAUAGAAAGAGUAGUCAAAUAAAAUGACAUCAUCUAAUCAUUUUUAUUUUGGGUGUGUAAUGUGAAAAUGGCAUGUACUUAAAUAAAUGAACAUAUUCUUAAAAUAGGCAUUUUUAAUCAUAUGUCAACUAAAUAAUAAUAAUGUAUCGUUUAUUUGACCAAGGUGUAAUGUAGUUGAAAUUUCUUUUUUUAUAUUUUUAUAUGCAAUUAUCUGCACUAGUCACUGUAAUAUUUGGUUUGAUGAAUUACAUGUAUCAUGAUGUAGAAAUAAAGGAUAAAUGUUUG